UGCUUAAUUAACUUCAAUAAUAAAAUAUAAAGGAAGUUUAGUAAAUUACUCAUUCAUUACUAAAUGUUCAAUCAUCUCAUCAACCGCGCGAUAAUCCUGUUUGUUUUAAUUAUCUAUAUUAGCAUAAUGUAUUGGACAUUGAACAAUAAUGAUGUUGGUUAUACGAUGAAGAAAAAGGAAAUAUGCUGUAAAUAUAAAUUAGAUAUAAGUGAAAAAAGAAUAAAUAAUGAAAUUAUUAUUAAAAAUAUUACUCAUAUACAACGUUUAUUCCCGUUUGAAUCAAGAAAUACCAUAGAAUAUAAUAAUCAAAAAGCCACAACAUAUAUGAGAAAUGCCUAUGAUUAUAUUAUCAAACAAUUAUGUCAAUUUCAUAAAGAAUUAAAUAAAACUAUUAGCAGACAUGAUUGCUGUACAAUGAACUUUGAUUAUAAUUAUUGUUUGAAUGAAUUGAAUUCACUUGGUUCCAUGCCUAAAGUAUACAGUCGGAGGAAUUCACCAGCAGGUCAACUACCGGAUACACCAUCAAAGUAUAAUUUAUCCCGCGUUAUAAACAUAAAUAUGAAAGUAUGACUUGUAAAUUAAGUAAUGGAAAACGCAAAAAAUUAUACGGUUUGUUGAAAGAAUGGAUAAGUAUAGCUGAAAAAUAUAAAAUUAUAUGGUGGAUAACGUUUGGAACAUUGUUGGGAUCAAUAAGAAAUAAUGACAUUAUCCCAUAUGAUCAUGAUGUGGAUGUGGCUGUCUUAGACACAUAUGAACCAAUCAUAAGAAAACUGGCAGAUGAAUCAAAGCAGUCUCCUUCAGGAAAUUUUAGAAUUGUGACACGUCCAGGUAAUUACUGUGUAUAUGACAGAGGAUCACGAACCAGUUGUUAUGGUUAUCCAGUUCCAAUAGGAAUUGACGAGUGUUCAUUUUGUCUACCAGUGGCAAGAAUAGUUCUUAGUAAAUUUACAUUUUUAGACUUAUUUUCAGCACGUGUUGAAUUGCGUUUAAACACGCAUGGUGAAUUAAUUGACUUUGGUAUAUUUGAUGAAGUAUAUAACGGUGAAACUAAUGGAAUAAAAUACUAUCCUUUAAAUUAUAUAUUCCCUUUGUCGAAAUGUUUAUUUAUGGAUUUAUAUGUUCCAUGUCCUAGACAAUCUGAUUCACUUUUAUCUCUAUUCUAUGGGAAUAAUUAUAUAAAACCAAUCAACAUAAUGUAUUGGACAUUGAACAAUAAUGAUGUUGGUUAUACGAUGAAGAAAAAGGAAAUAUGCUGUAAAUAUAAAUUAGAUAUAAGUGAAAAAAGAAUAAAUAAUGAAAUUAUUAUUAAAAAUAUUACUCAUAUACAACGUUUAUUCCCGUUUGAAUCAAGAAAUACCAUAGAAUAUAAUAAUCAAAAAGCCACAACAUAUAUGAGAAAUGCCUAUGAUUAUAUUAUCAAACAAUUAUGUCAAUUUCAUAAAGAAUUAAAUAAAACUAUUAGCAGACAUGAUUGCUGUACAAUGAACUUUGAUUAUAAUUAUUGUUUGAAUGAAUUGAAUUCACUUGGUUCCAUGCCUAAAGUAUACAGUCGGAGGAAUUCACCAGCAGGUCAACUACCGGAUACACCAUCAAAUAUGACUUGUAAAUUAAGUAAUGGAAAACGCAAAAAAUUAUACGGUUUGUUGAAAGAAUGGAUAAGUAUAGCUGAAAAAUAUAAAAUUAUAUGGUGGAUAACGUUUGGAACAUUGUUGGGAUCAAUAAGAAAUAAUGACAUUAUCCCAUAUGAUCAUGAUGUGGAUGUGGCUGUCUUAGACACAUAUGAACCAAUCAUAAGAAAACUGGCAGAUGAAUCAAAGCAGUCUCCUUCAGGAAAUUUUAGAAUUGUGACACGUCCAGGUAAUUACUGUGUAUAUGACAGAGGAUCACGAACCAGUUGUUAUGGUUAUACAGUUCCAAUAGGAAUUGACGAGUGUUCAUUUUGUCUACCAGUGGCAAGAAUAGUUCUUAGUAAAUUUACAUUUUUAGACUUAUUUUCAGCACGUGUUGAAUUGCGUUUAAACACGCAUGGUGAAUUAAUUGACUUUGGUAUAUUUGAUGAAGUAUAUAACGGUGAAACUAAUGGAAUAAAAUACUAUCCUUUAUAUUAUAUAUUCCCUUUGUCGAAAUGUUUAUUUAUGGAUUUAUAUGUUCCAUGUACUAGACAAUCUGAUUCACUUUUAUCUCUAUUCUAUGGGAAUAAUUAUAUAAAACCAAUCAAGUAUUGUAAUAGAUUUUUAUAA